CAUUCAUCUUCUCUAAAUUUGCUUUCUGAACUGCACACAGAGAGUGAGCCCUACACAUCUACAGCCAUGAAGACUGUCAUAUUGAAAAUACUCUGCGUACUUCUCUUUGCGGUGUUCGCCUCUGCUGAAGUUAUGCCCAUGCCUGAUUUUGACCUCGAAAAGAUGGGAGGAAAGUGGUAUCUUGUUGGCUUUGCUACAAAUGCAGAAUCGUUUGUCAAAAGUCACAAGGCUGACAUGAAGAUGGGAACUGCCAUGCUGGUGCCUACCAAAGAUGGAGACCUUGAACUCACUUACACUCAUCUAAAUAGUGAUGGUUCCUGCUUCAGAAUGAAUAAUCUUGCCAAGAAAACUGACAUUCCUGGACUCUUUGUCUUCUACAACCAGCGUUGGGGAAAUGACAACGACAUGCGCGUGGUUGAUGCUAUAUUUGAUGAGUAUGCGAUCGUUCACACCAUCAAGACCAAGGAAGGGAAAUCUGAGAUUCUCAACAAACUCCACAGUCGUACCACAAAAAUAACUGAGGACUUGAAGGAGAAGUUUAAGCAGUUCUCCCUGGACACUGGCAUCCUUGAGGAAAACAUUGCUAUACUUCCAAUGAACGGUGAAUGCUAAGUUGCUUAAGUGUCUCAUCAACCACAGAAAGAUUUCACCUGAAAAUGAAGACCUUCUUUCUCAUUUGUUCCUCUAUGUGCCUUAAACACAUGCAUUCUGUUCACAUCAUGAUAAAUUAAUUUCCUAUAGUGCUCCUGCAAAGAAAUCUCAAGCAGCAUCUCAUGGUAAGAGAAUGCAAUGAUCAAUAUGUCGCACCUCUAAAUAUUAACUUUUUUCUUUGGUGGUUUUAUUACUGCUGUUUGAUUAAAUAGGUUUACAAAUGACAAAAUGUUGAUGUGUUACAUUAAAAUUCUCCAUUUAUAUUUAAUUUCCACUUCAAUAAUAAUAAUAAUAAUAAUAAACCUUUCUGGAUGCAAAAUACUGUUAAUUACUUCUGUAUUUACCUCUGCAAAUAUAAGAGGACUAUUUAAAGUGCCCCAUUACACCGAUUCUGAACUGCCUGAAACAAGUCAUCAGUUAUUCCGAACUUUUGUAGGUUUUGUGAAAAUUUUUUAUAAUUUCAGCCUAUGUUCCUCCAUUGCCUUCCCACAAAUAACAUCUAAUUUGACCCACCCUCAAACACUGUUUUUACCCGAGACUUGGAAGAUUUUGGUUUGUGUUGUCGACAUGUUGAGAAGACACUGUUUUCUUGGCAUAAUGUUGACCAAAUUUCUGUUUGACAGAGCUAAAAAAUGUCAGUUUGAAAGUGUUUUUGCCUCUUUGAGAACUGGCUCAAGGAAUGUACAAAAUAUGUACCAAGUUUGGCCCCAAAACAUUCCUGCUGAAAGUGUGUUAUUGCAAACAGAGUAAUUUCCAUUGUCUGCAAAUAAAAUGGAAGGUUUGUACUGAUAAAA